AUGGAAAAUUUAGGAGUUGAUGCUGGAGUAGCAGCAAACCCCGAAAUAGAAGUUAGAUCUGUUGUGGACCCGAGAAUGGAAGCUGUGAUGAGAACGUUGGAACGGAUUGGUGAUAUAAUAGAGUGGCAGACUCAGGAGCGAGCUGCUCCGGUUGCCCAAGCCGUCGAGGCUGUUGCUGUUGCUAAUGAGAACCAAGGUCAGGGGCAAGUGGUUGCGAAUAGACCUAUGCACCAGCUGGUAGAACAAUUCAUAAAGUUGAAACCACCCAAGUUUUUUGGGAAAGGUGACCCGGAGGCUGCACCUCGAUGGGUAGAGGAGCUUAAGAAAGCUUUUGAGGUUUUGGAAUGUAACGAUCAUGAGAAGGUGACCUUAGCAGUAUAUCAACUACAGGAUAAUGCUAACGAUUGGUGGAAAGCCACCAGGGAUAGGAUUUUUCCUAAAGGUACAGCCAAGACUUGGGCUGUUUUUACCGAGAGUUUUUAUGAGAAAUACUUUUCAGCUAGUGCCAGAGAAAGAAAACUCGCGGAAUUUAUGAGACUCCGCCAAGGUCAGAUGACGGUAGAUCAGUACAAGGCGGAAUUUGCGAGAUUGUCUAAGUUCGCGCCAAGAAUGGUGGAACACCCUGAGGAUAAGGCGCGAAGAUUUCUAGAUGGAUUGAGAGCGGACAUCCGUAGCCAGUUGCUACUAGUAAACCUGGGAACGUAUGAGCAGAUAUUUGAUAAGGCCCAGAUUCUUGAGCGGGAUCAGAUGGAUAGAGCCGCCGUAUCUGGAUCGAAGUUUGUCCAGGGUUGGAAUAACCGUAAUCCGGGAAAGAGGCCGAUGGUGGAUAAUAGGCGUUUUACUCCACCAGUUAAAAGGAAUAUUGGAAAGCCAAUCCAGAUUGGGAAUGGUCCGUGUAGGAUUUGUGGAGGUCGACAUGGAAACGGGCCUUGUCCAACCAGGGGUGGAGCUUGCUUUGGAUGUGGAGGAUUUGGGCAUCAUAUAAAGAAUUGCCCCAAUUCCAGGCAGAAUAGACCGCUUGCUUUGCCGCCACCUCGGAAUGAGAAUCGGACUGGAGUGGCCUAG